GUACUGCAACUAAACCUCGACUUGUUGCUGCUUGAUGGGGACGAAUGUUAGCCUGUAGCUAAUGUUAGCUACUAAACAUCAACAGGAAGUGGCUCAAUGACUAGCUUAACUCCAAUGUCUUGCACUUUGAAUUCUCCAGGCAUGAACUGUACUUUAGAGAAGGUCUUGGCAGAUGCCAAAUCGUUAGUGGAGCGGCUUCGUAACCAUGACAACGCAGCUGAGAUGUUAAUCGAACAGACAACAUCGCUCAACAAGCGAGUGGAGGCCAUGCAACAGUACCAGGAGGAGAUUGACUCAUUGAACCAGGUAGCGCGACAUCGUCCUCGUUCUAGUCUGGUCCUGGGAAUCCAACAGGAGAACCGUCAGAUCAGAGAUCUCCAGCAGGAAAACAAAGAGCUACGGACGUCGUUAGAGGAACACCAGUCUGCGUUAGAGCUCAUCAUGACCAAAUACAGGGAGCAGGUGUUCAGGCUCCUCAUGGCUAGCAAGAGAGACGACCCAGCCAUCGUGACCCAGCUGAAGGAGCAGCACACCACGGAAAUGCAAGCACACAUAGACAAGAUCAAUGAGAUGGCCUCUGUGAUGAGGAAGGCGAUAGAGGUGGACGAGGGACGAAUAUGUGAAGACGAGGAGAGGAUCAAACAGCUAGAGCUGGAGAACAGUGGACUCCGAGAGCUGCUGGGAAUCAGUCGCGAGGCUUUCCUGGUUCUGAAGAGAGAAGACGCAUCAGAGAGCACGUCACUGUCGCCAUUGCUGACCAGCGCUGACGUCAGCUUACGAAAGAGUUAAAGAGCCCGUAGUGACUGCCCCCCCCCCUCCUCCUGCUGCCACUACUGUGUACAGUCUAUUGCCACAUACAUCUUUCACCCUACAGAUUCUAUCCACAGUCCCUCCCUUCUCCUGGAGCAUUUACAGCAUGAUGCUGCUGAGCUGCUUCCCCGUCUGCUCAUACAGACGAGCAGUGUGAACACACAUUUCUAAUUUUUUUUUUUGUUGGUAAUUUUGUUAUGUUUGCUAAUUCUGCCAGCAUGCAUGAGUCUGUGGUGUCUGCGAGGUUUUAAUGUGUGAAUGGGUAAAAGAAGGGCUUGAGUUAAAAUAAAUCCGUAAACAUUAAAUUUGUCUCUGCUGAGUCAAUUAUGGACCAAAUGUUUCUCUCAAAUGUUUUCGGUUCCUUUUGGAGGCCUGGGCAGGUACUCAACUUCUCUCUUUCACUGUUUACGUUGCUGUAACAUAUUGUCUUCAGCAGCUUAAAAGCAGGAAUAGAAAAACUAUCCAACAAACAGAAACUACUCCAAUAUACGACAACUACGCUUUCUGCUGCGGAACUGCAAAAAAGAAGUGAUGGGUGAAAAUAAACGCUUUAAAUUAUUAAAACCUCCUUCUUCAUCAACAUGUUUGUUAGUGUCAGAACAUUUUUGCUCUGAGCUAAGCUUAUCUCUAGUAAAUAUAUUGCUUAACAUUCAUGCUAAUAGACAACAGAUUAUUGGUCACUGUCAUUUCUGCUUUCCUCCUAUCAAAGUGGGAAGCUGAAUCAAUGCAUUUAUCUUUACUAAUUUAAAGUUAUAUACAAUAAAUGGGAACGCAUUACAGUGUAGUUUUUUGGGGUGGGAGGCACGAGAGUGUCACAGAGAAACUGACAUCAUAUUUGGAAAAAAGCAUAAAAAAUCAAAAAAGGACACCAUGACACAUGAAAAAAAAUAUUACCAACUUUUUUUUUCCCCACCUUUUAAGGCAACUCAUGAGCAAAAAAAAGAUAUAUAAUUUUCUUUUUUUAGAUUAUUAUUAUUGGUCAAUUUUAGUCAAAUAUACAAAAUACCUAAUUUCAAGAGAAAAAAAGUAAUAAACUUGAAUAUUUUUUUAAUAGUUAUAGUUAAAUAAUAAUUUCACAGAUUACGUUAUGUCAACUUUUAGUGAAACUUAUGUUUUGAAAGCAUUGUUCAUUUUUGGAUGACUGCAAAAAUAAAAAAAGAAUCGGUCCGCCCAUCACUAGCAAUAAGCCAGAAGAGUAAUAUUAGAAAGCAUUCCUCCAGCAUUUGGGUGUUUAGUUCAAUAGAUUACAUAUAUUUCUGUAAAUCUAACAAAACAGCAGUCCCCUUUUCCUGUUUUAAAAUAAUCAUGCACAUUAACUAGUGCUUGUAAGCAUAAAUUAGCUUGAUGCAGUAACUAGCUAUUGUCUGAGAGUGGGUGUUUUGGAAGAAGUCCCACUUGGCCACUAUUUCUUUUCUUUUUUUGUAAUUAUAUUUUUAUUAGGGAAUUUCACAACAAUUGACAAGUACAAAUGGAUUUACAGUUGUUAGAACCAAAAUUGUACGAAGCCAGGGGUAGCCUUUGUAUCAAUAAUUUCUUGUUCCAAAUGUUCAUUGUCCAUUCAAGGCAAAAAGUAAAUACAUAACAUGAAUAAAUAUAUAUAAAUGUC